UUCAGCCAUUCAAUCGGAAGGAGAUACGAGGAUAUGCAUGCCAAGGGACACAUUAGCUUGGAGUGACAUGGCAGGGGUUGGUAGAACGCUGUACUUCGGAACGGGCGUCUGCGAUGGAUUCUGCAAUGGUUGUUUCGGGUGCAUCGAUCUGUAACAGUACUUUGAUAGGACUCGAAGGAUCUGACGUACGGUCAUGUUGCUGCUCCGAGAAGGCUAGCGGUCCGGCAGGGCUUCCGAGACAUUCCGGGUGCCCACUAGACCGCACCGAUACGUGAAGCGUAGCUUUUUGACCGUCUGAAAUGGGUCAUGACGGUGUUUUAGCUCGUUGUGUUUACCAACGAACACCAGUCGAAGGCAUCUACCGGCUCGUUCUGAUCGCUGCCUUGUUGGGCCUGAGCUGUGCGACAAGCCGAUCUGCAGACUUUCUGCCAGGUCCAGAUCACUGGGACGACAUACCAGAUGCGUUAUACGAGGUCAUUCACGAGAGGGAGGUGGUCACGACCAUACCUCCAGGAGACCUCAAGGGCGUUCUGUUCGCCCUCCCCGGCUGCCUGCAGCUGACCACAGAAUGGGGCUUCCAGUCAGCAACCUGCCCCAGCUGCCAUGGCAUGCCGGAGGAGAUGCUGAGCGUGUACAGGGCGGCGAAGAGGGGAUAUGCGCUGGUGGCGCUGGGUGCUCAUCUGUCAGAGGCGGAGCAAAAUUUCCACUGCUUCAACACCACCUGGCCGCCCGAGGCCCACAUUGAGCUGCCCGAGCUGGUGCGGACGUUGCGGGCAGUGCUGAGCGCGCGCGACUGGUGGCACCUGCCGAGGUUCGCGUUCGGCUCCUCCCGGGGCGGCGCGAUGACCCUCAUCCUCGCGCUGCGAUUCCCCUUCCAGGCGGUGGGCAGCAUGGUGAUGGGGAUGCGGCCGGAGGAGGUGAUGGAAGCUGCCCUGCAGCCGCGCAACCUGGCGAGCGGGGCGCAGUGGGCGUUCCCUCCCACAAUGCUGAUGUCAGCGCGCAACGACCAGGAUGACAUCAUCGGCCUCAUUAACCGCACAGAGGCCCACCUCCAGAGCCAGGGAGUCUUAGUGCAGAGGAUUGUUAUGGAGCCAUAUGCUCUGUCGCCAUCAUUCUUCAAUCAGCGCAUGAAGGGGAUCGAUGAAGAGACGUCCGCGGCCAUCUUUGAAGAGCUCAAGGCUGUGGGCGUUGUUCUGGAGGACAACCAGAGCCACUUUGGCCGCUACGAGACCUGGAAGAAGGCUGAAGCCCAGCUAAAGAAGAUACUGCUGAGGCAUUUUCCAGCCGAUUUGGGGGCGAAGAAUGGCAGCCGGGGAUAUGAGCGGGCAUUUAGGGAGAUGCUUUGGGCCAGCGAAGCCAUCCACGAGCUGACAGCCGAGCACAUGGACGAGAUGCUGGACUUCUUCGAGAGCAGUGCCGUCAGCGAUGAGUCACCGAUGCACGACGCGCACCCCUUCGUACAGCUGCCCGCGCAGCCUGUGCGGGGAACGUGGAAGCAGGCCGCAGAUUACGGACUGGCACCUGCUCUGAGCUCGACAUGGAAGAUGAUCCUGCUCAGCGACGGUUCUGUCACGCGUCACCUGCAGCUAAUGACUGGGCACACCGUGGAUACGCUGCAUCUGAGCGUCAACGGAAAGGCGCUGGUGUGUGCAACCAGCUGGUGGAACACGACUGAGAUCUCCCAGUACCUCGAGGCAAAGGAAAAGCUUAUCUGGAUCAAUUUGUCAGCGAACCGCACCGAGCUCUACAGGGAGAUCACCAAUGUGUACUGCGGACACUCACCAGACCUUGAAAGGGACUCAAAGACCUACGACGAUUGGCUUCGAGACGACUGCACCGACAAAGUUGUGGAAAUUGCUCCACAGCUGCAGGAUGGCACAAUUGACAAGCUCGCGAUCCAGCGCAUCAGUAGUGCCGGGACGACCAGCAUCGAAAUCUUGGACAGGGUGUUUACUGAGUAUGCAGGCCGCACUGCCUUUGGCUACUGCGAGCCUGGAAGCUCCCUCUACACCACAGUCACCUAUGCUGCCUUCUGGAACCGCGUCAAGGGCCUGCUGACGGGAGGCCAGACAUACUUCCUGAAGUCUCCCUCGAUGGGAACAUUCUUCGAGGACAUACAGGAGGUGCAGCCGACAGAAAUUGUGCUGCCUCCGCGCAUCUGCACCCUGCUCUACGAGCACUUCAACGAGGAGCUGGAUUGCAUCACUCAGGCAAAUAGCAGCACUGACACAGCCAAACUGCGCCAGGAUCUCAUCAGGAGCUUCCAUGCGGAGAAGAUGGGGGGGCGGCUGCUGUCAGCAUCGACAGGGGGGGCACCCAACGCCCCAGAAGUGAUGACCUGGCUACAGGAAGUGCUGGGAUUCCCAGUGGUCAACAACUAUGGCUCCACUGAGGGCGGCCUCAUGACCCUGGAUGGCAGGGUCCAGCACAGCAAGGUGACAGCCUACAAGCUUGUGGACGUGCCAGAGCUGGGCUACACUUCAGCCGACAAGUCCAACCCGCGGGGCGAGCUGCGCGUGAAGACUCGCAACAUGAUCAGCGAGUACUACAAGGACCCCGAGGCGACAAAGGAUCUGUUUGACAGCGAGGGCUAUCUCAUGACAGGGGAUGCCAUGGAGCAGAUUGCUGAGGGCAACUUUGUCUGGAUUGACCGAGUCAAAAACAUCCUCAAAUUGUCACAGGGUGAGUACGUGUGCGUGUCACAGCUGGAAGCCACCUACACAGCUGGCAGCCAGGCUGUCGCUCAGAUGUUCAUGUAUGGCAACUCCCUUCGCGAGUACCUGCUCGCUGUCGUCGUGCCAACCAGCGAGCUCGCAAAGAGCAUGCCUGCGGCCAAGCUGAAGGAGCUUCUUCGCACUGAGAUCGACAAUGUGGCACGGCUCAAGGCACUGCAGGGGUGUGAGAUCCCCAGGGACUUCAUUGUGGAGCUGGAGCCCUUCAGUAAGGAAAACCACUUGCUCACCGACAGCAACAAGCUCGCCACAGGGCGCCUCAAGAACAGGUACGGUCCUGAGCUCGAGGCGAUGUAUGCUGCGUUGGAGGCUCGCGCGCAAGAGGCGCUGAAAGCUGCAAGGGAGAACAUCGGCGGUGGCACUGUGCAGCAGAGUGUGCUGCAGGCGCUUGCCGCCACUCUCGGCACAACAGCUGAUGCAGGCGACGACUCAGCAGAGGGCCUGGGCAGCCUGGGCAGCUCCAGCUGGGCGCAGCUGGGCGGUGACUCACUGGCGGCCGUCCAAUUCGCGCGCCGCGUCUCCGACGCUUGCGGCGUCAACCUGCCGGCCUCCUUCGUGCUCGACAAGAGCCAGACGCUGGAAGCCAUUGCUGCACAUGUGCAAGCGCUCGUCAGCGGCGGCCUCCCUACCGGGCCAACAUUCGCGAGCAUUCACAACGGCGACACUCAAACCAUCCGGGCGGCCGAUCUGCGGCUGGAACGGUUUCUGUCAGAUGCUGACAUGGCGGGAGCAGCUGCCGCAGCGCCUGCCACUCAGCUUCCCGUGCAAGCGGAAGUUGUGCUGCUGACAGGCGCCAACGGCUUCCUCGGCAGGUUCCUGCUGCUUCAGCUGCUGCAGAGCGUUUCGGCCAAGCCGGGCGGUCGGGUAAUUGCAGUGGUGAGAGGCAGCAGUGAUCAGGAUGCGGCGCAGCGAUUGAGAGCGGCUUAUGACGGAGCAGACCCGGACCUGCUCGCUGCAUUCGACUCCCUCAGCACAGACCACCUGACCGUCUAUGCAGGUGACCUGGCCAAGCCGCAGCUGGGUCUGCACGACGGAGUCUGGCAGCAUCUGUCAACCUCGGUCGACACAAUCGUUCACAACGGUGCUCUGGUGAACCAUGCCUUCACUUACGAGCAGCUGUUCGAACCCAAUGUGCUGGGCAGCGUCGAGGUGAUGAAGCUGGCGCUGAGUCAGCGCAAGAAAGCGCUCACCUUCCUGUCGACGGUGGGAGUAGUAGCCGGUCUGGAUCACCCAGAGGCAGUGCUUGAGACCGAAGAUGGGCCCUCUCUCUGCAGCGAACACCCUGGCGACGGCGGCUAUGCUGUAGGGUAUGGGGCGAGCAAGUGGGCGGUGGAAGUUCUGCUGCGAGACCUGCACGAUGACCAUGGCAUCCCAGUCUCAAUCUUCCGCUGCGGCAUGAUCCUGUCACACUCCAGGUUUCUGGGCCAGAUCAACCCGACGGAUUUCUUCACGCGGUUGCUGUGCAGCAUCGUGUACACAGGGCUGGCGCCCAAGUCAUUCUACGCUCUACCCCACGGCACGGAAGAGCACUUUGACGGCCUCCCGGUCGACUUUGUGUCAAGCAUCAUCUCGGCUGCCGCCCUGGCCGAGCGGUCCGGCAUUUCCACCUACCACGUGGUCAACCCCCACUGGGAUGACAACGUCUCGUUGGACGCGAUGGUUGACUGGAUAGAGGCGGCGGGCUACAAGCUGCAGAGGUUCGAGGACUACUGCGAGUGGUUUGCCGCGUUCAAGGCCGCUCUUGAGAAACUGGACAGAGGCCUGCAGGGCAACAGCAGCUUGCCCAUCGUCCACCAGUGGGAGCAGCCACUGGCUCAGACACCCGACCUCAAGUUUGAUGCGACACAGCUCCGAGCAAAGGUGAGCGAGCUGACUCAGUGGCCAGAUGUGCCACACCUGGAUGAGGCGUUCCUGCACCAGAAUCUGAAGCACCUUGCAGCCCUCAAGAUGAUCACCCCGCCCUGA